AUGGAAAAAAAUCGGCAUGGCAAACACAGUAAGGAAAAAUCCAAGAAAUCAAAAAAGCGCAAACAGAAAGAUGACAGAGGUUCGAAUAAUUAUGUAGGUCUUCUCAAAACGAAACCUUUAGUUGAAUAUUCAGAUGUAAGUUCAGAGGAUCUCAGUGGACCAGAAGCUGGUGAAAUACAAAGCGGUGAAGAGAUUUGCAGUGAAGAUGGUGAAUUAGAAAUUGAAGCCGAUAUGCAUAGAAAUACUCACAGAGCGCGGUACACCCGCCUGGAGGAGGACAUGUAUGUCAGAGAAUCUACUCUUAUAUUACAUUCUCCAGGGAGGAGGCACCGUAUAGAUCCACCUAUGAUCCCUAGAUCACCGACUCCGCCAAUUUUGGUUAGAGAAAGGCAAUUAUCUAUAUCAUCACGAUCGUCGAGAUCGAGCGAAGUUAAGCAAAAGCGAAAAGUGGAGGAAUCUCCAACGGAUUACGUAGCUCCCGUAGAAUCGCCUACCUACGUGGAAGAUUACGAUACCGUAGACAGAAAAAAGAGAAAAAGGAAGGAGAAAAGGCACAAAAGAGACAAAAAGACGAAGAAGAAAAAGAAAAAACCCAAACACAGAUCCAGGAGUACAAGUUUAGAAAGUGUAGCUAGCGGUGCAUCCGUUGCAUCUCACAAUAGUUCCGUUCAAAAAACUCCUCCUAGACCAGAAAUCGAAGUUUUAUCAGACUGGGAGCAUCACGAUGCUAACAAAAAAUCCGUUGAUCAUAAGGUUACUAUAGAUACGGGAGCUUGUUCACCGGUUUCCAAUGACAGCAUAGCAUCUCCGGAUGCGUAUGAGGUACAAAGCCCCACGCCUCCUUCGGAUACGCCUCCACGGAAGUUCAUUAGAGACUUUUCAUCUAGAGAAUUUACCACUAGAGAAUCACCACACACGCCGCCUUUACAUCAUUCCGCAAGGUACAAUCAUCACUAUGAAGAAACGAUUCGAGCCAGAGAUUCGCCUAUAGUCAUCGAAGAAUCCAGAUCGCCGUCUAUGCGGUCUCCCUAUAACAGGGAGACGACGCCCGAUCAUUUGGCGCACCAUUACAAAAAUCGCUCGCUGACGCCCAACAGCCGAAAACGGCGAAUGGAAAGGGAAAUUCUCCAUAGGAAGCACAAGAAAGAUAAGGCUAAACUCAAGGAGAAAGUCCGGAGUCGCAGUCCGGUGACAAGGCGACGAUCUAGAUCCUCGAGCUAUGGAAGAAGUAGCAAACGUUAUACGAGUCCAUCACCGACGAGACGUAGCAGCAAAAAGUACAGAUCGAAGAGUCCUAGAAAAGACAGGAGUCCAAGGUACAGUAGGCACAAGAGCCCUUCUCCGCAUUCCGUAAAGUCGUCGUCGUUGAAAAACAAAAUAACCGACGCCAGUCUCUUUGCCGAAAUGGUGAAAGAUCGACGAAAGAGAGAAAUGGAACUGAAAAGGUUGGCCGAAGAAAUGGCGCAAAAGAAAGACGGCGACAUUAACUCGAACGACGUUAAUUCGCAAAAUAAAACCGAAAACAAAGAAAAUGUACAGGCACCUGUCGCGAUGGACAUCGACGAUAUACCAAUUCCUGACGGUAAUUCUAACGCCAGCAUGAACGUCCAGGACAUUCAGCUACCCCAUAGCAAAGAUCUUAACGCGGAAAGAUUAAAGACUCCACCGACACCGCCUUUGCCCGCCCCUAAUUCCACAGCUGCGAUAUCCACCGUUGUCAGUACGGGCCCUUCGGCUCGACAGGCCUCUACCGUUAUCAAUACCGCGGCCACAAUGCCUAACGCCAAUAAUUCCGCAACUAAACCAAAGAGCGUGACUAAAUUGCCUCUACCGCCCGGAAUCGAUCAGACCCAAUUGGAAGCGAUCGUUUCGCCGCCGACACCCAACAGAUCGCCCAGCCCUGCACCUAGAAACAUUAACGCGAGACCGAAAACACCGCCGAGGAAGAACAUCAAGGAUUUACCCAUGCCUCCAGUAGUUCCUGGUACCGAAGAAUUGAGCGGCGACGACGAGCUGCCCAGCACGCCGCCCAGGAACAACGUGAAAACGUUGGGCCUGGAAAAGCAAGUGAAACCGCUGAAAUCGAAGGCGCCGGUGAAGAGGCCGACCAUAUUGAAGAGAAAGGGCUCGAGGAAUUUCCAAAUGUGCGGCAAAGAUUGGGGCGAACGAUGCGUCGAUAUGUUUGAGGUCAUAGCUCAAAUCGGAGAAGGUACCUACGGUCAAGUGUAUAAAGCCAAAGACGUGAGCGCCAACGAACUCGUCGCUUUGAAGAAAGUCCGAUUGGAAAACGAAAAGGAAGGGUUUCCCAUUACUGCUGUUAGAGAAAUUAAAAUACUUAGACAAUUGAAUCACAAAAACAUCGUUAAUUUGAGGGAAAUCGUCACUGAUAAACAGGACGCUGUCGAUUUUAGAAAAGAAAAGGGAUCGUUUUAUCUAGUCUUCGAAUACAUGGAUCACGAUUUGAUGGGACUGCUGGAAUCCGGCAUGGUCGAUUUCAACGAGCUGAACAACGCCUGCAUCAUGAAGCAACUGUUGGACGGACUGAACUACUGCCAUAAGAAGAAUUUCCUGCACAGAGACAUUAAGUGUAGCAACAUUCUGAUGAACAAUAAGGGCGAAGUUAAAUUGGCCGAUUUCGGUUUGGCCAGAUUGUACAAUGCCGAAGAUAGACAAAGGCCUUACACUAACAAAGUCAUUACGUUGUGGUAUCGACCGCCGGAAUUGCUUUUGGGCGAAGAACGAUACGGCCCCGCUAUAGAUAUAUGGAGUUGCGGUUGUAUACUCGGAGAAUUGUUCCUAAAAAAGCCACUGUUUCAAGCGAACGCCGAAAUGAAUCAAUUGGACAGGAUAUCUCGCGUGUGCGGCACCCCGACGCCCGCCGUUUGGCCGACGGUGAUUAAAUUACCAUUGUUUCACACGCUCAGGCCCAAUAAGUUGCACAAGCGAAGGCUGAGAGAGGACUUUGUCUUCAUGCCGAACUCCGCUUUGGAUCUCUUGGAUAAAAUGCUUGAAUUGGAUCCGGAUAAAAGGAUAACGGCCGAAGACGCGCUGAAGUCUAGUUGGUUGAAGAAUAUCAAUCCCGAACAGAUCUCCGCACCGGAAUUGCCCACUUGGCAGGAUUGCCACGAGCUGUGGAGCAAGAAGCGCAAGAAGCAGAUUCGCGAGCAGGCCGAGGCCAUGCAGAACUUGCCGCCCGGCAAGCCAUCGUUGACGGGCAGAUUCGAGAAAACUGGCGCGGGGAAACCGGACGAUAGCGUGGACGGCGGAGGUUCGUCGAAGAACUUGAAAAUGGAGGCCUACGACGCCGCCGUGCUAUCCUACGCCUUGGCGUCGGCCGGCUUCAAGGACAAACCGUCCUCUCUGCUGGGCCUCCCGCCGCUCCAGCACGACUCCCUGACGCCUCCCAGGGACGCCGCCGAGGACGUCGACGGCCGCAAUUACCUCUAUCAGUUGCUCUACAAUUUGGAGCAGUUGCUCGCCAAUAAAACUCCCGUGCAGCUGUCGCAUUUGAUGGAGAUUUGCUCGACGAAACAAUCCCAGAACGAUGCUGUAACAUGUAGCCACUUAGAUGCCUUGUUAAACGAAUUGAGGAAAGUGUGCAAAAUCAAUCCUGGUUCGAUUCAUUUGCUGCAGCUUCAGUACGAAGAUGAUGCGGCGAACCAGAAUUUGUCUUUGAAUACGGAAAUGGUGUGCAAAAAUUUGUCCGAUUUAUUUAGGCAAUUUGGAUUGAAUAAGGGUGCCUCGUUGGUGAAGAAACUACCACCGGCAAGCUAG